GCUCCUCCUUUGCCCGGCCUGGGCCGGCAGGCUCAGAAACAGCCGGUGUCAGACACAGGUUUGCUUCUCUUGCAAAAAAUGAUCCGUUUUUAAAAGCUUCAGAGGGUGGAGAAGGAAAUGGCAACCCACUCCAGUAUUCUUGCCUGGAAAAGUCCAUGGACAAGGGAGCCUGGCAGGCUGCAGUCCAUGGGGUUACAUGACUGAGCAAGUGUGCAUGAGGGUGGAGGGUGAUGGGUUGGUAGCAAUAAACUGGUAGAACUAAAAAAAAUUAAAAAUAAAAGCUUCAGAGGGAAGGUCCGGGCCCCAGGGGUGGUUUCUGAGGCGGCCGCUCGGUCCUCCAGCGUGGCCAUGCAGAGCCGGGCCUCCCCCACGGGGCAGGGCUGCUGGCCAGUGCCCCCGGGGGGCCUUCACGUCCAGCUGGCCUGCUCCCUGCGCUGUCUCUCGGGCUCUGACCACCGCUGCCUCUGCUCAGGGGAAAGCACCGCAAGGCCGGGUCUCCUCAGAGACAGGGCGCCAGCCCUGCGGCAGCCGCAGACAGGCUCGUGUGGGGACCCCGCGGAAGGCCCGUCACCUGCUGCUUCCCUGACCCUUCAGAGCCCGCUGACUCCCUGCCUGGGAGGUCUAGGGAGAGGGGUCUGCCUCCCGGGGUCUGGUUCUGCUGCCCGAAUGGGCUUGGCUCCGGUCCUUUCUCUAGAUGGUAGGAUUCUGGUGGGAAGCUGGUGUGGCCUCCAGAGAAAACUUGGCACUGAAGACCCCAAGGAGGCUGGAGGCCUUGUUCCUGACCUUGAGUGGGGAGACUCUGACCGUGACGGUCGCCUAUAACAACUCAGGAAGUUGUCAGACAGAAGAAAUAGUGAGCUCAGAAAUGAAUGUUUUGGGGAAAUUUGUGUUUCCUGGCCGCCGGGAGAUCCACGUAGUGGACACGGACUAUGAGCAGUACGCCAUCCUCCGCGUGUCCCUCCAGUGGCAGAACCAUGAGUUUUACGUGUUCAAGUAUUUCACUCGGAGCCUGGGCGGCAAGUGUGAGCCCGGGUUCCUGAAGUUCCGGGAGCUGACCACAGACAUGGGGCUGUAUCUGGUGGGCCGGCACGGGAGGUGCGCCAUGCUCCUGAAGGAGCUCCGAGAGACGGGACUGUGACCCCACUUUGCAGGUAAAGAAGCUGAGGCCCAGGCCACUCAGCUAGGACAUCCACUCCUGGCUGGGGCCCUCGGGUUCGGAUGGCGCCCCGAGGCCUUGCCCUUCUCUGUCGCAGGAUCUGACCUAGGGGAGCCCCCACCCCCACGGGGAAGCUUGGAGCCCCGCCCACCCGGCCCCCCUGGGCCGCCAGCCUCGGGCCACCUGCAGCUGCUCAGCCUGAAUAAACUCUACAGCCGAACCCAUGGUCCCGUCUUUUCUGGGGGGCCAGGGGUGGUGGGCGGGGCUGGUGGGGUCAACAAAUGAUCA